ACGUCACCACGAGGCAAACACCAAGGACCAGCUUCUCUCUGCUUUUUGCUUCUCGUUGCUCCCCCAUCCUCGAGCCCUCGCGACUCGGACAGGGACAACUCCUCUCUACCAACCGACUGCUGUUUGCAUCGCAUCGCAUCGCAACAGCCUCUCGCUUUGUUGGGGGAAAAUCUCAAAUACACCCACCGCAACGUAGCACCAAGUACUCUGGACUUGAAAAGCUACCCCGCACUCGGCCGCACUUGUACAGCGCUUCCUUGUGCUCUGCCCCUCCAAACCUUUCUGCAUCUUUUUUGCACACACAAAUCACAAACUCUUCAACAACCGCAGCCAUGGCCGACAACCAGGGAGUAGUCGUGGAGGCCCACGAGAUUGAGACCUUCCAGCCUCCUCAGAAGAUGUUCGCAAAGCACCCUAGCAAACCCCACAUUGCCAACCUUGAGGAGUACCAGAAGCUCUACAAGGAGUCCAUCACCGAGCCCAACAAGUUCUGGGGCCGAACUGCUCGCGAGCUGCUUAGCUGGACUCGCGACUUUGAGACCGUCUCUGCCGGCAGCCUCACCGACGGCGAUAUCAAGUGGUUCGUAGAGGGCCAGCUGAACGCCUGCUACAACGCCGUCGACCGCCAUGCUUACAAGGACCCCAACCGCGUUGCCAUCAUCUACGAGGCCGACGAGGUCGACGAUGGCCGCAACGUCACCUACGGCGAACUUCUUCGCGAGGUUUCCAAGGUUGCCUGGGUCCUGAAGCAGGCCGGCAUCAAGAAGGGUGACACCGUCGCCAUCUACAUGCCCAUGAUUCCCGAGGCCGUCGUUGCCAUCCUGGCCUGUGUCCGUAUCGGUGCCGUCCAUUCCGUUGUUUUCGCCGGCUUCUCCGCCGACGCUCUCCGGGAUCGUGUCAUUGAUGCCAAGUCCAGAUUUGUCAUUACUUCUGACGAGGGCAAGCGAGGUGGCAAGUUCAUUGGCACCAAGAAGAUUGUCGAUGAUGCCCUGAAGCAGUGCCCCGACGUUAGCAACGUUCUCGUCUACCGCCGCACCGGCGCCGAUAUCAACAUGGUUCCCGGCCGUGAUCUGUGGUGGCACGAGGAGGUGGAGAAGUGGCCCAGCUACAUCGCUCCCGAGCCCAUGAACUCCGAAGAUCCCCUCUUCCUUCUCUACACCUCUGGCUCUACCGGAAAGCCAAAGGGUGUCAUGCACACCACCGCCGGCUACCUGCUCGGUGCCGCCCUGACCGGCAAGUACGUCUUCGAUAUCCACGACGGUGACCGUUACUUCUGCGGUGGUGAUGUCGGUUGGAUUACUGGCCACACCUAUGUCGUCUACUCUCCCCUGCUCUUGGGUGUCUCAACAGUCGUCUUCGAGGGUACACCUGCCUACCCCAACUUCUCAAGAUACUGGGAUAUCAUUGAGAAGCACAACAUUACUCAGUUCUACGUUGCUCCCACCGCCCUGAGACUGCUCAAGCGAGCUGGUGAUGAGCACGUCCGCGGCAACUUCAAGUACCUGCGAACUCUCGGUUCCGUCGGUGAGCCCAUCGCUGCCGAGGUCUGGAAGUGGUACUAUGAGAUUGUUGGCAAGGAGAGCGCCCACGUCGUCGAUACCUACUGGCAAACCGAGACCGGUUCCAACGUCAUCACACCUCUCGCCGGUAUUACCCCCAUGAAGCCCGGCAGUGCUUCACUACCAUUCUUCGGUAUUGAGCCCGCCAUCGUUGACCCCGUCUCUGGUGAGGAGCUCCACGGCAACAACGUUGAGGGUGUCCUUGCCUUCAAGCAGUCAUGGCCCAGCAUUGCUCGUACCGUCUACGGUAGCCACAAGCGAUACCUGGACACCUACCUGCACGUCUACAAGGGCUACUACUUCACUGGCGAUGGUGCCGCUCGUGACCACGAGGGAUUCUACUGGAUCCGAGGACGUGUCGAUGAUGUCGUCAACGUCAGUGGUCACCGUCUCUCUACCGCUGAGAUUGAGGCUGCCCUGAUUGAGCACCACUCCGUUGCUGAGGCCGCUGUCGUUGGUGUUUCCGAUGAGCUGACUGGCCAGGCUGUCAACGCCUUCGUCGCUCUGAAGGAUGGUAACGACGCCACAGAUGCGCUCCGCAAGGAGCUCGUCCUACAAGUCCGAAAGAGCAUCGGCCCCUUCGCCGCCCCCAAGGCUGUCUUCAUCAUUGGAGAUCUCCCUAAGACUCGAAGUGGCAAGAUUAUGCGUCGUAUUCUGAGAAAGGUGCUGGCAGGUGAGGAGGAUCAGCUUGGUGAUGUUUCAACGCUGUCCGAUCCUUCAGUUGUGGACAAGAUCAUCGCGACUGUCCAUGAGGCUAGAGGAAAAUAAACAAGAAAAAGAGCAAUUUGGGAGUCAGCAGGGUUUUUUUUUUUUUUUUUCUUCGCAUAUAGCUUGUCAGUCGAUACAAUUGGGUUAAGAGACAAUGUCCGUCGGAGGUUUAAAACCAGGGUAAUUUCGGAGGGGGAACUCUUUUUGGAUGAAGAUACGAUAUGGGAUAGCAUUUUGAUAUCUAAGACGACGAAUCCAAAUUUUUUUAACGUU